AGUUCAUAGGAUAUCGUAUCAUCAAUAAGCUUGAGUUAUGGCGGACUCCAAUGAUGACUCAACAGCCAUAAGUGUUGAUCAUGAUGAAGCUGGAGCGCACAGAUCAAGUGGACAAUGGCCAACAACAGAGGAGAUUCUUGGUCCACAUGAUGAGCAGCCAGCAACGACUUUCCUCCGAAAGUGGGAUAUAGUAUUUACGAUAUCAUGUGUAUUUGCUGUCUUCCUUGAUCCUUUUUACCCUUACAUUACUGUCCUAGAUGAGGACCGUACGUGCUACCAUUUGGACCCAUACUUGUUGUGGCCAUUUUUUGGCUUACGAUCCGCCCUAGAUCUCUUUUAUUUUUGGGACACCAUUUCUGGGCAAGAACCAUUUGAGAAAUCAUUUAAGGCAAGAAACAUCCAAUUUCUAAGGCAAUUUGUUUCAGCUCGUGGUGUUCGUGUUCUUCCCAUUCCACAGCUGCAAAUUAAUCACCAAUAG